CGUAAUUUUCUUGCAUUUGAUUUAUGCCGGAGACAAAACAUUAGUCACACAGAGGCUGACUCCGCACUAACUACAAAACAUUGCAGUCUCAACGUGCAACUGCAGAAGCCGGCUGCAAGGAUUGAGUGCAUUUUGAGGUCACGUUGCUCGCAUAUAAAGCUGACGAGAUCAUUUCACGCUCAUAAUUUGUAGUGCUAGAGUCAAGGUUAUGUUCUUGCGUCGCUUGAUAUGCACUAUUAGACGAAAUAACAAUGUGUAUCAAUUUCCAGUGAUGCCAGCGGUGAUAGUGAAGGAGUCGGAGUAAGGAGGACAGAUCGAACUUUCAAUACUAGAAUCCCGGAGACCAAUAUUGCAGAUGUUGAGGAUUAACCCAUUUCUUAUGCAUAAUGUCAGAAGUUAAGCAGCGGAAAAACCGGUCAGCGUUCACCAAGAAGUCAAGAGCACCCCCAGACCAUAAUGUCUCUGGAGAUAAAACAGCCAUCACAAAGCCUGCCAAAAAGGGGAAAUGUCCCACAAACUUUGUUGAAGCCACAGAGAGUGUUUUGAACAUGCAUUUGAGCAAAAUCAACUUUGCCUGUGGUUUGCUCAUCAUGCUUUUUAUUGGAUAUAAAUAUGCUCUCUACACAAAGACACUUCACGAGAAUGAUAUGUGGUUUUCAAAUAUUAGGGAAGUGGAAAGAGAAAUUUCAUUUAGGACAGAAAGUGGACUAUACUACUCUUAUUACAAGCAGUUUGUUAAUGCUCCUUCAGUGAAACAAGGGUGGUAUGAGCUGACCCAUGAUAACAUCACUGAACAUCUUAAUACUAUCAACGUCCUUGAGAGGAUGAACAUCUACCAAGAAGUAUUAUUAGGUUUACUGUAUAGAUCACUGCCUGUUAAGAAUGUGGAACCAGUCUAUUUCUACAUUAACUCCAUAUUUGCCUUACAAGGAAUGCUGCUGUGUGCCCUGUAUGUCACAGCUUGGUUGCUUAGUGGAUCUUGGCUGGCAGGUGCUCUAGCAACAGCAUUUUAUAUUCUUAACAAGGCUGAUACCACCAGGGUAGAACUAGCAAUACCUCUCAGAGAGAGUUUUUCACUGCCAUUUCUAUGGGUGGAAGUAGCAGCUGCCACAUACUACUUAAGACCUAGACUAUCUCUUAGUAAGGAGAGGCUUGUACUGUGUGUAUUGACACUGAGCACAUUCUGCAUGGCUGUGACAUGGCAGUUUAACCAGUUUGUUCUACUAUUGCAAGGCUUGGCAUUGUAUGGAGUGUGGCUGCUGGAUAUGCUACCUGGAUACAAAGUUCGUAGGAUGUUAGGAGUGAUUGCAUUUUCACUGCUGGGUACAUGUAUACUGCAGUAUGUGAACACCAUGAUUCUCUGCUCUCUUGUUCUCAGUCUCAUCCUGUCAACACUGUUACUGAUGUAUAUUACAGGAGAUCAACCUCGUCAAUGCAGUAUUACCACGAGAAUAGCAAGUUUAUUUCUAAAAUUAGUAUUCACAGCUGUAAGCACUGUCACUAUUAACAAGGCCAUUAAGAUAAUUUUGCAAGAAGAAGCUGAUGAACACAUCUAUAAAUUUGUGCAGAAUAAAUUUGGCUUUGGCUUCUCUAGGGAUUUUGAUGUUCGUAUGUACCUGUGCAAUGGAGCCUUCCAGUUUUUACCAAUGGAUACCUAUGUUAGACUGACUGAGAGGUUUGUCUUCCCUACCUAUGUUAUAGUCACCAUUGUUCUUCUGGGAUGUCUGGUUACAGCACUGAUACAGCAUUGGUGGCCACCUAGUCAUAAAGUUCCAGCAGAGGAUAAACAGAAAGCAGAGGAAGGGCAGUCUCCCCUUACAGCUACACAUCUUCUAGCUAACAGACCUGAAUUAGCCUACCACUUAGUGCAGUCUGUUCUGUUUGGUGUUAUGGCAGUGAUGGUGCUGAGAAUGAAGUACUUAUGGACACCUUACAUGUGUAUUUUGGCUUCCUGGGGGAUCAGUGAUUAUCAGACAUGGAAAUUUGUCCUGGCCAAGCUGAAUAUCAGGAGAGAGAUCUUUGUCCAGUGUAUCAGAAAUAUUUUCUCUGUAUCCUCCAGGGCUGAUACCACCAGGGUAGAACUAGCAAUACCUCUCAGAGAGAGUUUUUCACUGCCAUUUCUAUGGGUGGAAGUAGCAGCUGCCACAUACUACUUAAGACCUAGACUAUCUCUUAGUAAGGAGAGGCUUGUACUGUGUGUGUUGACACUGAGCACAUUCUGCAUGGCUGUGACAUGGCAGUUUAACCAGUUUGUUCUACUAUUGCAAGGCUUGGCAUUGUAUGGAGUGUGGCUGCUGGAUAUGCUACCUGGAUACAAAGUUCGUAGGAUGUUAGGAGUGAUUGCAUUUUCACUGCUGGGUACAUGUAUACUGCAGUAUGUGAACACCAUGAUUCUCUGCUCUCUUGUUCUCAGUCUCAUCCUGUCAACACUGUUACUGAUGUAUAUAACAGGAGAUCAACCUCGUCAAUGCAGUAUUACCACAAGAAUAGCAAGUUUAUUUCUAAAAUUAGUAUUCACAGCUGUAAGCACUGUCACUAUUAACAAGGCCAUUAAGAUAAUUUUGCAAGAAGAAGCUGAUGAACACAUCUAUAAAUUUGUGCAGAAUAAAUUUGGCUUUGGCUUCUCUAGGGAUUUUGAUGUUCGUAUGUACCUGUGCAAUGGAGCCUUCCAGUUUUUACCAAUGGAUACCUAUGUAAGACUGACAGAGAGGUUUGUCUUCCCUACCUAUGUUAUAGUCACCAUAGUUCUCCUGGGAUGUCUGGUUACAGCUCUGAUACAGCAUUGGUGGCCACCUGGUCAUAAAGUUCCAGCAGAGGAUAAACAGAAAGCAGAGGAAGGGCAGUCUCCCCUUACAGCUACACAUCUUCUUGCUAACAGACCUGAAUUAGCCUACCACUUAGUGCAGUCUAUUCUGUUUGGUGCUAUGGCAGUGAUGGUGCUGAGAAUGAAGUACUUAUGGACACCCUACAUGUGUAUUUUGGCUUCCUGGGGGAUCAGUGAUUAUCAGACAUGGAAAUUUGUCCUGGCCAAGCUGAACAUCAGGAGAGAGAUCUUUGUCCAGUGUAUCAGGCAUGUGUCCACAUGUACAAUGCUGGCUGUACUACUGGCAGUGAGUCUACCAUCGGUGUGGAAAGAAUUGGAAGAUUUGCGGGAGUUCUAUGAUCCAGACACAGUAGAUCUCAUGGAAUGGGUAAAGAAAAGUGUGCCAAGGGAAGCAGCUUUUACUGGCAGUAUGCAGCUUUUGGCAGGAGUAAAAUUGUGCACUGAGAGACAUAUUACCAACCAUCCUCACUAUGAAGAUAAAGGACUCAGAAUGAGAACAAAGGAGUUAUACCAGAUGUAUGGUCGCAGGACCCCAGAAGAUGUCUGGACCAUCAUGAAGAAGUACAAUGCCAGUUAUAUCAUCCUAGAAGACAGUAUCUGUAUGGCUCCAUCUGAUGACUGCAGGACACCUGAUAUCAUUGACAUGGACAAUGGAGUGAUACCAGACCAUGGUAACUUCUCACCUGGACUGGUUCCUUCAAAAGUUCCAAGGUUUUGUGAUGAGAUACGGUAUGGACGCCCAGCAUACACCAAGUAUUUCAAAAAAGUCUUUGUAAACAGAACAUUCAGAGUGUACCAGGUGCUGACUUAGUCUAGACUGGCUUCAAUACAUGGGGAAUCUGGGCAACCAGCACAUAGUUUUAAAAAGUUAGAUUACGGAAAAAUAAGUUGAUGGAAAAAGAGUGGGAGAGAAGUUUUGUAAUUAAAGCACAUGGGCCAGAGUAUUCUGGGUAAAGAACAAUGUAACUAAUAUGUAUGGCCUUCAUUGUGAAAUAUGACUAGUCCACCACAUCCAGCAAGAUGCAGAGGUAGUAAUUUUGAGGUGCUAGAAAACUAUGACUUGUCUGUAGAAAAAAGUAUAUAUUUAACCAACCAAAUUUAUUUAAUUGUAAGAAUGAGAAAUUGUUUGACAGAGCGUAGGUGCACAUUCCAUGUAGACAGUCGUAUUGUCAAAUUUUGUAUGUAUUAAAAGAAAGAAAAAGUUCAUGUUUAUGUUUAAGGUUAACAUGUUGUCAAGACAUUGUGAUUUUUUGUUGUUGUUUGGGUUUUAAUUCAGUACUAGUGUACUUCUGUCUGUAUUGAAUGUUUGACAGUGCAUUAGUAGUUGGAAAGUUUUGUCAAUGUUAGUUGUUUUUAGGAGAUAGAACUGAAAGAUUUAUAAGCAAAUAUUGUUGUUUUUUUUUUUUUACAAUUUGGCAAAAAUGUUUUAUGUUUAUUAUUGUGCAAUUUAUAUUGUAUUGUUGCAACUGCCUUAGGUAUAUUUUGUAGCAUGUUGGUAAUUAUAUGAUAUUAGUUUAACUUAUAAUUGUAAGCACUGCAAGAUUUUUGCAUGUGCUUCUAGCAAAUUAAUGAAAGAAUAAUAUUAACUUGAGUUUGAUAAGGAGAAAGAAGCAAUAAAUAAAGGAAUAGUCAUUUAUUACACUUUUUCUUUAAAGUCAGUUUGAUUAAGUACAAAAAGGGGAAUUUAUUUCUUGAAAAUUUUUGUAGAUCUAAAAUAGUCAUUUGAUAUCAGAUUUAACAUACAUGACACUUUAGUGAAAAUAAAUUAAGUUAUUGCACAUUUA